CAAUCAGUCUGCCCGAGUUGCUCGAACCUCUUGACCAUCACACCUAUUCCUGCGGACCACCUUCCUCUCAACGAGCAGCACUUUGCAAACGUCAAUCGAUUCGAAUGUCGAACAUGUCCCUAUCAAAUGAUCCUCGACAAGCGCUACUUUGAGCGCAAGAUGAUGAAGAGCAAGGAAGUUGAAGACGUGCUUGGUGGCGCCGACAGCUGGAAGAACGUCGAUAAGACAGAGGUCAACUGCAGGGAAGAGAAGUGCGACAAUCGCGAGGCAUACUUCAGACAAGUCCAGAUCAGAAGUGCUGAUGAGCCCAUGACCACAUUCUACAAGUGUACGAAGUGUGCCUCUGAGUGGCGUGAGAACUGA